AUGACGGACACCGGACCAAUCUUCACUGCUGUUUCUAGCAACGCGAACCAACUCUACACCUUACUACACUGCAUCAGCUUCGCCCAGAAUGCUACUGUUCAGAUAACGCCGGACGGGAUCCGCUUCUCCGUGGAAGAGGGGCGAGUGGUACAGGGACUUGCAUUCCUGGACAAAGCUCUUUUCACCACCUAUACUUUCAAUGCACCCGCAUCUGCCGGUACCGACGAUGACACUACGAUGGACACAGAACCAGAUGGAUCCGAUUACCCCUGCUUCGUCGUCUCAUUAUCGGCUCUUCUGGAAACACUGAAAAUAUUCGGCGUAGGCGACUCCUCAGCCGCCGCCAGCAGCAGAGCAGCGAGCGUCCAACCCUCUGCCGCCUCAGCAUCGAACGCAUUCACAGCCCCGGCCUUACUUCUCAACCGGUCCUGCACGAUCCAAUACCUAACCCACGGCUCCCCCCUCAGCAUAACUCUAGCCGAGACGGGCGUCAAAACCGUCUGCGAACUUACGACCUACGAGCCCGACGAAGGCGACCUGGAAAUCCCGUUCCAGCGCGACGGCGUGAUCAUGAAGAUUAUCAUGCGCUCCGCCUGGCUACACAACGCAAUCACCGAACUCGGCGCCACGAAUCCCAGCAUCCUGAAGAUUUCGGCGUCCUCAAAAGAAGAACCAUACUUUACCCUCUCCGGCGCGGGAGGCCCAUUUAGCGAAUCAACAGUCGAGUUCUCUAUCGAACAACAAGAUGGCCAGGACGGUCAAACCAACGGAACGGAUACACACCGCAAAGUCCUGACAAACGACGGGAUGAGAGCCAGAGCAACAAGAGCAAAACUCGCGCCCACAGUCACAGAGACCUUCCUCGUCAGCCCGCCCUCCUCAAUGGGAACGCGUCUACGUCAGGACUUCCGGUUUGGAUACAUUCAAAAGGCAGCCCGUGCGAUGGCGACUGCAAACAAAGUGAGCAUCCGCGGUGACCGGCAAGGAGUCUUGAGUCUGCAGUUCAUGAUUGAAUUUGAUACGGCCGGUUCUGUCAGUACGAGUAAUAGUAUGCGCUCUGGCUCUGUACGGGGAUUGGAUGUGAAUGCGCCGGGGUCGGCAGUCAGCUUCGUGGACUUUAGGUUUGUCCCGCUGCUUGAUGAAGAUGAGCUGGGGGGUGCGGCUGUGAGGGAGGAUUUGGGCUAG